AUGGACUCCAGACCCCCCAACCGGCUUCUGCUGCUCCUUCUCACCAGCCUUCUACACUUCUGGCAAUGUGCCAGAGUGCAGUCAUUAUUCAUUAUAGAUGGCGUCGAACUGACAAUCGAACCCGGCAGAGCAGUUGAGAGCGGAACACCAGUGACUCUUCGCUGCCAGGUGUCUGUCUCAAGCAAGAAAGAAAUCUCUCUUUCCCUGAGGAACACUUUCAAGAUUAUACAGAACGGCAUUACGGUCUACUCCAAUACCACCACAGAAGACACAUUGCUGUAUGAACUCAACCCAGCCAGGGCAGCCGACUCUGGGGGUUAUGAAUGUGAGGUUACAGUCAAUGAGAAGACCAGAAGCAGCCCCGAAGAAAAACUCAUCAUCACAGGCCUGCAGACGCCCAUUCUUCGGUUAAAUAAGAGUAAACUUUUUGCGAGUGAAGACUUCAUAGCCACCUGCAGUGCUCCAGAGGAGAAAGGAGACCUUAUCUUCCGGUUUUACCAGAAAUUCAGGACGGGAGAGCCUCAGCUGAUAAAGAAGACAGCACCUACUCAGAACUCAACAGAGACCAAGCUGGUCCUGAAGAAGGUUGGAGACAGACACCUGUACUGUGACUAUGAGCUCACUGGGUCCGGACCCUCCAACCACAGCAACGAGAUUCAAGUUAUAGUCAGAGAACUCUACAUUGAUCCUAUCAUGAAUGUGCUGCCCUCCACAAAUGUCUAUGAGGGUGAUUCAAUCAAAGUGGUCUGUAAAGUGGUGAAUCCACCAGAUAACACUUUGGUAUUCCUGACUAAGGACAAGCAUAUCCUCAAGAGUGCACAAGGCAGUCUCAUUCAUGAAGUCAAAGUACAAAAUGACGACUCUGGUGACUUUGUUUGCAAGGCGAUGUGGGGCAGUGUGCAAAAAGAAUAUACUCAAGCCAUCACAGUCAAAGAGCUGUUUUCAAAGCCACACCUGAGUGUGAACCCCAUAGACAUAUUUGAGAAGGAACAAUUCAAACUCAACUGCUCUGUAUCCGAGUAUGUUCAUGAGAGGAUCAACCAUGAACAAAUACAGUUCUCCAUCUACAAAGAUAAUGUCAAACUCACCAGUGGACAGACAUACGUUGAUGUGGCACAGCCCAACAAAAAUGGCAAUUACACCUGUAAAGCCCAGGCUGCUUCUCGUGGACGCAGUUUUGUAAAAGAAAGCCAAACAGUUGUUGUUAAAGUCAAAGUUCCUGCUUCAAAUCCCACUUUGAGUGUGGUUGGGGGAACGCUGGUGUUGGGAAAGAGCUUCCAGCUGCUUUGUCGCUGUGACAACGGUACCCUGCCCAUUAACUACACCCUCUACGGCCCGAAGAGGACCCCUCAGCUCAUUGUAGUGAGGAAGCCGGGGGAACAAGCCAUCUUCAACACCUCAGCCAUCCAGAAGAGCUCAGACAUCAACGUGUUUCUUUGCCAUGCAAAAAACAAUGAACGCCAGCCUCCCGUGAUAGGACAUCAGCUGCGACAUUCAACUACAAUCAUAGAGCCAGUGUCGAAACCAAUUUUGACUGUUGAGUCCAACAUGGUGGACAUCCCUGAAGGACAAGAUGUGACUCUUGUCUGCACUGUUAAUAGAGGCACGCCUCCUAUCACGUUCACCUGGUACCACAAUGAGACAGGCCGUGCACUUGCUUUCCAAACCUCAGAGAUACUGAGAGGGACCUUCAACAUCUCUAAUGUUAAAGGACACCACAGAGGGAAUUACUACUGUGUGAGCACCAACCAGGCCAACGAACCCAAACAGAGUCGGCCUGUCAUGAUUGGAGUGAAGAUGGCUGGGUGGAAGAAAGGUCUCAUAGUACUCCUCUGCAUCCUGCUCACAGGGGCCUUGAUCCUUUUUAUUGUCCUCAAAAAACAUCUCCUUCGAUGUAAGAGGAAAAGAACAGGCACACUGUCGGUGAAGUCAGCCAGCAACAAGGUAGAGCGGUUGAGCCUCACCCAGGCAGAGGUCAAUGAGGCUGCCAAUGCCACUCCUGGCAUGAUUGGAAAGAGUGUUUGGAGUGAACAUGUAUCAGGCUCUGAGUCUGAUGACCAGAAUAGUGUGACCUCUCCAGAAAACCCAGAACCUCAGUAUACUGAAGUUGAGACCAGAAGGGCAGAUCCUGACAGAGCACCAGUGAAAAAGGGAACAGACACGGUGUACAGCGAAGUACGCAACUCCAAACAAGGUGUUCCAGAGAUGGCUGAUGGUCAGGGGUCAGUGGAAUAUGCACAGCUGAAUCGUGAUACGGAUCACCACAGUGACCAUGGUAACCACGGCAACCAUAGUGUCCAGGAUGACUACAUAGAUGAGAUUGACAAUAGUGCUGUCACUAGCACUGUCGACCACGGGGAAUGAAAACACGACCCAAUGAGAAUAUUUAUUCAUCCGGCUCGUUAAUGCAGCUGGAAUCUGUUGUGCUGAACAACUUUAAACAGCCCUGAGCAACUGCAUACUUUUUGUAUUUUUUUAGCGCUUUUGCAAAGAACAUUCCAUAUUGUAAAUCCACUUGCUUUGCCUUUGAGGAAGG